AUUAUUGAUGUAAUUGUUUGAUUACUUGAUUGUUAAGUGCUAAUUAACUGGUUAAAACAAAUCAACAGUUGUUCUUGAAUCUUGGUCAUGUCCGCGUGUUUAAGGGGACAACCCGAUAACGGUGAGUGUCCAGACACCACAGGCCUCCACUAAAAAAGAGUCUUAAGUCCACAGGUCUGGUCUUCUCUUUGAAAUGUCUAAGGAGAAACAAAGAAAGAAAAAAACCAAAAGCAAACGUACGCAAAACGCACUCUUGUCUUUUGGUACUUCCCUGUUGUCUAUUGCCCUUACUUCCCUGCUAUAUCCAUCCACAGACAAGACCAAUAACAAAGUUGUCAAGCAACCAUCUAGACCGGGGCCACAAGCAGAGUCAAGGUCUUCUCUUAAUGUCCUAUCCUAUCCUAUACGUCUAAUUUGAGCAGCCCUAUUGGACCAAGGAGGAGGAAAAUAACACAAAACACGACUUACUUUGUGGUUCUAGACUAGCUGAUAACAACCAUCAUUGAUGUAGCAGUGUGAAGUAUACCACAUAAAUGAAUUAAUAAAUAAAUACAAUUCUCUAUUAAUUAAGGUACAAAAUAAUCAGCAAACAUGAAUUUGGCCAGUUGGUCGUUAGUCCUCCCCCCAAGAACACUCGCCCUUUAUGGGGGAAAAAAAAUUCUACAAAAGGAUCAAUAAUAUUCCAACACAGUUUUUGCUAUAAAAGCUGAAGUUAUUUUCAUUCAGAGGAACAAACAGACAAAUGGGUUCCUCAAGAUUGCUAAUUUUCUUCAUUCUUCCUAUACUCUUGGUCUUGGACCCUCUUGCUCCUGCCAUAGCGGAUGACCAAAACAGCCACACUCUUUGCACGGAGAGAGCAGACUACUGCUGGAGCUGCUCCAAUGCUAACAACACCAUCAACAAUGGCAGCAUCUACAAACAAAAUCUCAACUCCCUCCUCUCCUCUUUCCCUUCCAACGCCCAAAUCAAUUCCAGGUUUUACAAUUUUUCUCUGGGACAAGCCCCCAACACAGGGAACGCAAUUGCCGUAUGCAGAGGGGACGUUGCACUCAAAGAUUGCCUUACCUGUUUCAAGGACUCUGUUUCCAUUCUCCUGCAGAACUGUACCAGUACUAAUGAGCAGGAAGCAAUCAUAUGGGCACAGCGCUGUACGGUUCGAUACUCGACCGUCUCGAUUUUGGGUGUGCUUGAAGAUGAGCCUGUUCUGUAUUUGAAGAGCCCACGUAACGCAUCAAACGCUGAACUUUACAAUCAGGUGCUCAACCCCUUAUUUAAAAAUUUAAGUGAGAAAGCUACAGCAGGGAACUCUGUUUCAAAAUUUGCAGCAGGGCAUGCGCUGGUGCCUGUAACAAAUCAAACUAUAUAUGCAACUGUCCAGUGCAGCCCUGAUUUGGACAAACAAAACUGCAGCAAUUGCCUUGAAGAGUCCAUCUCAGAUAUUCGAAAGUGUUGUGUUGGUGUGGAAGGAGCAAGAGUUCUUAAACCCAGCUGUUAUUUGAGGUUUGAGUCCAAUCCUUUCUAUGAGCCUGGAGCAGAUACCCUAAUAAACCUUCCAGGCGAACAAGGAAAUAAUACAAGUGGAAAUAAGCCGAGUAACAUUACAACAAAAGUGUCGCCACCGUCGUUCUUCCGAUUGGCUUGCAAGCAAUUACGGACUGAACCAAUCAACACCAUUCUAUAUGCAAUACGCAUGGAGAUGGCCGACAACCACCCAUCGAAACCCACAACCAACUCCUCUCCGUCCCUCUUGUUCCAAUUUCUUAGCGUGGGUAUCGGUUCAUCACCUCGCUGCACCUUUCUGCUUCUUAGUCUGAAAGUGCAGACUAAGAGCAUCUCCACCGCAAGGACUUUAGCCAGGGCAAGAGGCCCAUUUCCUCGGUUUUGGACCUCCAGCGCAGCACCUGCAGCCCGGGCAAGCCCUGGGUCCCACCAGCCUGGGCAACCACAUAUCAUAAUAUUUAAAUACAAUAUCCUCAUACAGAUUCCAAAGGGAAAUGCAAUGGUGUCCUCAAGAUUUCUGUGUCUCCUUUUUCCCAUUCUUUUACUCAUCGCUACUCAUCAUCAAGCCUUUGCUGAAGAAGAUUGGCUAGCCUAUCAAAGCCACUUGUGUUCAAACAACAAAGGCAACUACACCACCAAUAGUACCUACCGCAGAAACCUCAACACCCUUCUCUCCUCCCUUCCCUCCAACAACACCGGUAACGGCUAUGGCUUUUACAAUUCAUCCUACGGCCAGAGCUCCGACAACAACCAAGUUUAUGCAAUUGCACUUUGCUAUAUGGUCAAUAUUGACGACCCUGGCUGCCGCAAUUGCCUUAAUGUCUCCAGGUACGCUCUCAUUGAGCUCUGUCCUAAUCAGAAGGAAGCUAUGUUUUUCACCCACGGUUGUAUGUUACGCUACUCAAACAGUUUGAUAUAUGGCACCAUGGAAACUGCGCCUUCUCUCUGUAUGUCCAACCCACAAGACGUACCGUCUUCCACCGUCAACGAAUUCUUUGAAAAGCUAAGGGAGUUGUUAGGGAGCUUAAGAAGUGAAACUGCAGCUGCUGGUUCUCUUCGUAAGUUUGCAUAUGAAAACACAAGCGGUGAAAAUAUCCAAACAAUAUACGGUCUUACGCAGUGCACGCCAGACUUGUCCGAGCAAGACUGCAAUGAUUGCUUAAUUGGUGCUAUUGGAGGUUUGUACAUGUGUAGUAAUGGGAAAAUAGGUGGGAGAGUUAUUAGACCCAGCUGUUACUUUCUGUAUGAGGUUUACCCCUACAUUAACAUUUCAGCUGUCAAGCCACUGCCAUCUCUACCAAGCCCACCAUUAUCAUCACCACCAAUAUCUCCUCCUCUGCCUUCAACAACCGGGAAUUCACAAGGAUCCAAUAGAUCUCGGAAUGUCGUGAUUAUUGUUGUGUCAAUCGUUGUUUCUCUGCUACUAAUUAUAUCCAUCUGCAUUUGUUUGAGAGUGAGGAAGACAAAGGGAAAGCUUGAAAUACUUCCAGCCGAAGAUGUAGAUGAGAUUGGAAAUGCGGAAUCCUUGCAAAUGGACUUUGACACCAUUAGAUUAGCCACAGAUGACUUUUCUGAAGUUAAUAAACUCGGACAAGGAGGAUUUGGCUCUGUUUACAAGGGUAGACUUUUCAAUGGAGAAAAUAUAGCAGUAAAAAGACUUUGUAUGAAUUCUGGACAAGGAGAUAUAGAAUUUCAAAAUGAGGUCUUGUUAGUGGCCAAGCUUCAACAUCGAAAUUUAGUUCGUCUCUUAGGUUUCUGCAUGGAAGGACAAGAGAGGCUUCUUGUCUACGAAUUUGCCUCUAAUGCAAGUCUCGAUCGUAUCAUAUUUGACCCAAUCAAGCGUGCAGAGUUGGAUUGGGAUGGACGAUACAAAAUUAUAGUAGGCAUUACUCGGGGGCUCCUUUAUCUUCAUGAAGAUUCUCGUCUUAGAAUUAUUCAUCGUGAUCUCAAAGUUAGUAACAUCUUGAUAGAUGGUGAAAUGAACCCCAAAAUUGCAGACUUUGGCAUGGCAAGAUUGUUCGUGCUUGAUCAAACCCAGGCCAAUACCAAACGAAUUGUGGGGACCUACGGAUACAUGGCUCCAGAGUAUGCAAUGCACGGGCACUUUUCAGUUAAGUCCGAUGUCUAUAGUUUUGGUGUGUUAACUUUGGAGAUAAUAAGUGGACAGAAAAUUAGUGAUUUUCAGCAUGGAGAGAACGUGGAGGAUCUUCUAAGCUAUGCAUGGAAGAAUUGGGUUAAAGGGACAGCUUCAAAUCUAAUAGAUCCCACACUGAGGAUUGGUUCAAGAAGUGAAAUGAUGAGAUGCAUCCACAUUGGAUUAUUAUGUGUGCAAGAAAAUGCCGCUGAUAGGCCAACCUUGGCUUCAAUUAUUGUCAUGCUGAAUAGCUACUCUCUCGUUCUUCCAGUGCCCUCACCGCCAUCGUUUGUUAUGCACAGCAACACGGAAUUCAAAACUCCUUUGUGGGCAUUGGACUCUAAUUCAGAUGAUCAAUCACAAAGCAACUCUACGAAAGUGUCGGUGAAUGAGACUACUAUUAGUGACCUAUACCCUCGCUAGCAAGUGUUUAAGGUAUGAAAGCAGGAAAUAUUGACUUGACUUAUGUAGAAUUGUGGAGACUGCAGCUGCAAGUUCCAGGCUUUGGAAACCAAAUAUGAUUAAUGGCACCAGCGGCCUUCCUACUUUUCUGAAGCAAAUAAACUAGGACGGGGGAUUUGGUUCUGUUUACAAGGCAAUAACAAAAUAACAAUGAGUUAACCUUCAUAUAUUUCCAUGUCCCAAAUAACAAAAUAAAUAAAUGAACUUUCAUAUUCCUUGACUUAACGUCA